AUGAGCGAGGGGAAGAGAGCCAAAUCCUUACCUCACAAGACCAAGUCAAAGCCAAUAACAUACUACCUUGUCCUCAUAAUCAAGCUACUCUCUUAUGAUCUCGUGUUGUGGUUUUUCAAUCUAGUCAUCCACACUUUCUUCCGUGACGUUCAAUCCCGAGGAAGCUUCAAUAUCCCCACUAGAGGUCCUGUCAUAUUUGUUAUUGCACCACACCAUAAUCAGUUUGUUGAUGGAUUGGUAGUAAUGGCUAAGGUCAAAGAGCACCUGGGUCGUCGUAUUGCUUUCUUGAUUGCAAAAAAGUCCUACGAUAGGAGAAUAAUUGGCGAGGGUGCAAAGUUAUGCAGUGCAAUCCCCGUUGAAAGAGCUCAAGAUUUAUUGAAGAAAGGUACGGGUAAAAUUUAUGUUGACAAGGAGGACAACCGGAUCAUAAGGGGAGAGGGAACCAAAUUCAACGCUGAAUGCCAAGUGAAGGGACUAAUUGGGUUGCCCAACUCCCUUGGAAAUGGCUCAAUACAAGAAAUCUUUGAUGAUGAAAAGAUUUUGUUGAAAAAACCAUUCAGUUCGCCUAGGGAGGAAAUUCAGCAGAGAAUUGAUGAGAAAUUGCACGCUGGUACUGAGUUUAAAAUAGCUCCACACAUUGAUAAUCAUGUUGUUUUCCAGAAUGUGUUUACCCAUUUGAAUGACGGGAAGGUGUUGGGGAUUUUCCCCGAAGGUGGUUCCCAUGAUCGUCCGGAUUUGUUGCCAUUAAAACCGGGAGUGGCAAUUAUGGCUUUGGGUGCAAUUGCACAGCAAAUAGAGGAGGUCAACGCUGCUGCUGCUGGAAGCUCAGAACGCGAGGAAGUUGUUCCUGUGAGUAUUGUUCCGGUUGGAUUGAGUUACUUUCACCCACACAAGUUCAGAUCAAGAGUGGUGAUUGAAUUUGGUAAACCUAUUAUUGUGGAUGAAAAGAUGGCUGAGCAAUAUGAAUCGAAUUCAAGGGAAGCUGUGGAUAAGUUGUUGAAAAUUAUCACUCUUGGAUUGAAGGAGGUUACAAUGACUUGCAAUGAUUAUGAAACGUUGAUGGUGUUGCAGGCAGCACGCAGAUUGUAUACUUCAGGAAACCGAGACAAUAUCCCGCUUCCAAUGGUUAUUGAAAUGAAUCGAAGACUCAUCAAAGGUUAUGAAAUGUAUAAAAAUGAACCUGAUGUUAUACAGUUGAAAGAAGCAGUGUUGCAAUACAACAAGAAAUUGAGAGACUUGAACCUUCAUGAUCACCAAGUGGAGUCCUUGGAUACGUCAAAUAGAGUCUCCAAUUUUUGGAGGUUUACCACAAGAUUCUUCAAAUUUUCCUUAUUCAUGGGGUUGAGUCUUCCAGGGAUUUUCUUGUUUAGUCCCGUCUUUAUUAUUUCGAGAAGAAUAUCCAGAAAGAAGGCAAAAGAGGCGCUAGCUGCAUCAGUGGUGAAGAUAAAGGCCAAGGAUGUGUUGAGUACUUGGAAGAUCCUUGUUGCUAUGGUUUUAGCUCCCAUGUUGUACAUUUUCUGGUCUGUGAUUGGGACAAUUUUGAUUGUUAAAUCCAAAAUACUAGGGGAGUAUCAGCCAUCAGUUUGGAUCAUUUUUGUCAUCUUUUAUGGUUGGGCGGUGUUGACAACUUAUGCUUCAUUGAGGAUGGGGGAGAUCGGAAUAGAUUACUACAAGUCCCUUGCACCUUUGUUUCUUUCAAUGUUGAGCAUUAAUGAAGACAGAUUCCAAAUUGAGAAACUUAAGGAAACCAGGGAGGAGUUGCGUGAAAAAGUCAAUGCAUUUUGCAACAAAUUUGGUCCUGGUAUGUUUGAUGAUUUCGAGCAAUUUUACAAAAAAUACAAUGGUACAACAGAUGAUGAGGAGUUUGAUGUCAUUACAGCUCAGAAACAACAGGCUGAAAACCAGUUUAGUAAGUUACAAAGACAAACAAGUGCCUCGUCUUUAGAUUUCAAUUUGCUGAACUUGUCAGAUAUUCCGAUUUUUGCUGCUGCGGAUUUGGAACAGGCCAAUGACGUCAAUCUUACCAAGGAGUCUGAAGAAAUUGAACGCGGUGAGCUGCAGCAAGACAACAAAGAGGCAAACGAAGAAACUGUUGAGCAGUUGAAUAAUGUAACAAAGUCUACUGACGGACCAAAAAUGAGAGUAAGAAAAGCAAUGAAGGAGAAAUACUCCAAUUUGCAAUGA